AUGAUUCCACGUCAACCAAGAACUAUAUCAUUUUACGAUGAAUAUAUUCAAAUAUUACAAAGAGUGCCAACAAAAAUUAUUCCAUGGACACUAAUUAUUAAUAACAUACUUGUAACCGUAAUUUUAAUAACCUUUACGUUUUAUGAUUCUCAAGCUGACGAUAUAUUGCGCCACCAAAAUGUAAACAAUACAAAUUUGCAUGAAAAAUAUGGAUAUAACUCUAUAACACUUGCUUAUCCAUAUUUAAAGGACCAAAUUGUUGGGCCUGGAUAUCAAAUAAUUCAAUGUGACUAUAUUGACUCUUCAGGUCCAUGGCAGGAUCACUGGUGUGUUUUCCACAAGCGUCUUUUGUGUAAGAGAGCUUAUAGAAUUUCAAAGUUAUGGCUUGUUUAUCAAUAUCAAUAUAGAAAGGGAUUAUGGUUAAAAAAACAAAAAGAAAAAUCAAACCAACAAAAUGAAUUAGCAACUGAUAAUAAAAACGAUAAAAGUGAUAUAGUCGAUAAUAAAAUCAGUACAGUUGAAGUAGUUACAAUUGAAUAA